CAAACCCCGAGCGCAGACCCGGCCGGCGUGCAGCGGUCACGUGGCUCCCACAACAUCAAGCUCAAGUGCAUUUGUUCUGUGUAGCCUGUUUUAAAGGAUUUUGCCUCCAUCGACAGAAAAGCAGAGAGGAUAACUUUUUGGAAUUUGGCCUUGCGGGUCCUUUUGACGUUACACUCGCUGCAGGUCCCACUUUCUCUCCUUUUCCCUCUGGGAAGAUCAAUACUUAAGCAGGUUCCUUUCUCCUGAAGACCUCAGUGCGUUUAGUUCCUCAGGAUGUACAGCUUUAUGGGAGGAGGCUUAUUCUGUGCCAUUGUGGGUAACAUCCUCCUGGUGGUCUCCUUGGCGACAGACUACUGGAUGCAGUACAGACUGUCUGGCAGCUUCGCUCACCAGGGCCUGUGGAGAUACUGCAUGUCUGGCAAGUGCUACACGCAGACCGACAGCAUCGCUUACUGGAAUGCGACCCGGGCCUUCAUGAUCCUCUCAGCGAUGUCGUGUUUUGCGGGAAUCAUCGCAGGCAUCCUCUCCUUCGCUCACUUCUCCGCCUUCGAGCGAUUCAACCGUUCCUUCGCUGCAGGGAUCAUGUUUUUUAUCUCCACGCUCUUUGUUCUGCUCGCUAUGGCCAUCUACACUGGGGUGACGGUCAACUUCCUCGGGAAGCGUUUCGGUGACUGGCGUUUCUCAUGGUCCUACAUUCUGGGCUGGGUGGCUCUGCUGAUGACCUUUUUUGCAGGUAUAUUUUACAUGUGUGCCUACAGGAUGCAUGAAUGCCGCAGAGUGGCCGCCCCUCGCUAAAACACAAGAACGUUUUCAAGAACUCAAGCAAACACUCGAGUGACUUAACAUGUAU